AAGAAAGCAAAAACUCCAGCUACCGUUGAUGGAGCGGACACUACGAAAAUGAAUAGGGAACAAUUAGAAGUAUAUGCUCACAAGAUACUUGAAGAGUUGGAGCGCGAAAGGGAAGAAAGAUCUUACUUCCAGCUUGAAAGGGAUAAACUUCGCACAUUUUGGGAAAUCACGAGGCAUCAGUUGGAUGAAGCUCGUGCGACUCUUAGAAAUAAAGAACGCGAGAAAGAAGAGAUAACUGAGAAGCAUGAAGCGGAACUCAAAUUAUACAAGCAAAAAGUGAAACACUUAAUGUACGAACACCAGACGAAUCUAUCAGAGACUAAAGCUGAACAUAUGGUUGCAUUAAAAUUGGCACAAGAUGAUCAUACAAUUCAGGAGAAUGAAUUGUAUAAAGACAAGAAGGAUCUGAAGAAGACAAUGAAAGAACAAGAUUUAGCACAUAUGAAUGAGAUACGUGCAUUGAAAUUGCAAAACGCUGAGGAAAUAGAUAAAGUAACGAAACAGUUUGAAACUGAAGCUGCAGAAAUGGAACAGAAAUAUGAGUAUAAGUUAGCGAGUCAGUAUGAGUCUCUUACUCUGAAACAUCGUAUGGAAAUAACAGAAGUAGAAGAAAGGAAGAACACACAAAUUACAAAUCUAAUAAAGAAUCAUGAGAAAGCAUUCACAGAAAUGAAAACUUACUACAAUGACGUUACUCUGAAUAAUCUGUCCUUGAUUAAGAGUAUGAAGGAACAAAUGGAGGCAAUGAGAGGUAAUGAAGAAUGGAUGAAAAAACAAGUACGAGAGUUGACAUCUGAGAAAGAAACAUACUUAGCUGAUCUGGAGUCUCUCCGAGAGUCUGUAACGCAGCUCACCCGACAAUUACAAAGUUACGAAAAAGAUAAACAGGCACUAAUUAGUUAUAAAAAGAAACUUGCAAUCGUUCAAAAAGAUUUUGAAAAUUUGAAAUGGGAAAAUGAAAUACUGGAACUACGUUUUGAAAAAUGUCAAUCCGAACGAGAUGAACUGCAUUCAAGAUUUGUCUCGGCUAUACUGGAACUUCAACAAAAGACAGGACUGAAGAAUGUGUUAUUAGAAAAGAAGCUUGAAAAGUUGUCAGACUUAUUAGAGCAGCGCGAAGCACAGAUAAGCGAAGUACUUGUCGCUGCUCAAUUAGAUCCGAUGGCUGUUGUUAGCGCCAAUAAGAAAUUAGAGAAUAUACUAAAUAGAAAAAAUACCGCGAUAAAAGAUCUUCAGCAUGAUUUAGCGAAAGUUUGCAAAGCACACGAUGAUCUACUUAAAACGUACGAAGCGAAGUUACAAAAGUAUGGUAUUCCAAAAAGCGAGCUUGGAUUUCAACCUUUACAAAUGAAAGCAGCAGGUUCAAAGUUAGGAUUGGGACCUGCUGGACUUGUUACCGCGAAUCGUUAG